UGAAUGAAUAGAAAAAAAUGUGUAAUUUGAUGAAGUGAGAAACUGUAGUUUAAAAUAGUUUAGGGUGUUUGUUUCAUUGUUUAAUAUAAAAAGAUUAAUUAUUUUAUUAUGGACAUCAUAUUUCAAAUAUUGUCUAAAAGAGUGGCUAGCAUCAUUAGCAGAAGAAGUACUAAAAGCAGAAUAAGCAAUGGAGAUGUAGAUAUGGAAUCAGCAAUGUCAAAGUAUUCUUCUCAGAACUUGAAAACCCUUUUCCGCAUAAAGUCCCCAGUCAUUUCAAGAACCAUUGUAGCGUUGCCAUUUUCAACUUCCCCUUCUUCAUCUGCCGCAAUUCUCAAUGCCAAGACCUGUAGCGAAGCCAUGCGGCUUUUCAAUUCAACAAUCUUAAGAACAGACCCAACAAAGGAUCUUACAUUACACUCAGCCAUUAUUCAUUAUUUAACCCGAGCAAAAUUGUAUCUUGACGCCAGGUGUUUGAUAAAACGACUCAUUGAAAAUCUUAGAAAAAACAGCAACCCCAGAAAGGUUUGUUCUUUAAUUUUCAAUGAUCUUGGUAAAAUAAACUCUGGGUCUAGCUGUAAUGUGUUUGGGGUGUUGAUUAUUGCGUUAUCUGAAAUGGGUUUUGUUGAUGACGCUUACUGGGUGUACCAAAAGAUGGGAAAGUUACCUCCUUUGCAUGCUUGUAAUGCUCUUUUACAUGGGUAUGUAGAAAUGGGUAAGUUUGAAUUCAUGUGGGAUGUUUAUAGGGAUAUGUUAUCCUUUGGGUUAUGUCCUAGUGUAGUGACAUAUGGAGUAUUGAUUGAUGCAUGCUGUCUGAAAGAUGAGAUUUUGAAAGCUAAAACACUAUAUGAUGAGAUGGUUGAGAAAGGGAUUCAAACAAAUGUUGUGACAUACACCACUCUGAUACGUGGGUUUUGCAAUCAGAAUAAGAUACAGGAAGCUGAAAGCAUAUUCAGCAAAAUGGGGGAGAUGGGAGUUAUGCCUAAUCUUUGCACUUAUAAUACUCUAAUGGAUGGCUAUAGCAAGAAGGCUGAUACUGGAAGAGCCUUUCAACUUUAUCAAAAAAUGUUGAAGCAUGGAAUUCUUCCAAAUGUUGUUACUUUUGGUACCUUGAUCGACCCGCUUUGCAAAGUGGGUGAAGUAAUAACAGCAAGAAAUUUAUUAGCAUGUAUGGUAAAGUUUGGGGUAGGUCCCAAUUUACUUAUCUAUAAUUGUCUGAUUGAUGGCUGUUGCAAUUGGUAUGAUAUGUCAACUGCACUAGAGAUGCAUUCUGAGAUGGAAAAGCUUGGUAUUUCUCCAGAUGUUGUGACUUAUGGUACACUGAUAAAGGGUUAUUGUAAGCUGGGGAAAGUGGACGAAGCUGAGAGGUUUUUGCUGAAAAUGGAUGCAACAGGGGUGGUCGUGAACUCUGUGAUUUAUAAUCAGCUGAUUGAUAGGUAUUGCAAGGAUAGAAAAAUGGAGAAGGCUUUGGCAUUGUGUUCUCAGAUGAUAGAGAAAGGUGUCCAGCCCAAUGUAGUCACUUUCUCUAUAUUGAUAGAUGGUUUUGGUAAGAUAGGGGAUCUAGAAGCUGCAAUGGGUGUCUAUACUGAAAUGAUUAUUAAAGGCUUGAAGCCUGAUGUGGUUGCUUAUACAGCGUUGAUUGAUGGUCAUUUCAAAAAAGGAAACACAAAAGCUGCUCUAAGGCUACAUAAGGAGAUGGUGGAGGCUGGAGUUGCUCCUAACGCUUUGACUUUUACUUGUUUGGUUGAUGGAUUUCUCAAGAAUGGAAUGAUUAGUGACGCAAUCAAUUUUUUCUUGAAAAUAAGCAGUUCUGGAUCUACAGGAGUCGAAGUAGACUGCAUUAAUGGUGUUCUUUCUUUCCCUAACAAUGUUACUUAUUCUGCGUUAAUCCAUGGUCUAUGCAAAGAUGGGCAGUAUUUCAAAGCCAAUAAGUUUUUCGUGGAUCUACGACGCAAUGGUCUGUAUCCAGAUUUAUCCACUUAUGCCAUGAUGAUACAACGUCAUUUCGAGGCCAGGCACAUAACUCGUGUCAUGAUGCUAAAGGCAGAUAUGUUAAAGACUGGUUUUAUGCCUAAUCUUUUCAUGUACAAAAUCUUGCUCAAGGGCUACCAAGACAUGGUUGAUCUCAGUUCAACUCGUAAGUGUUAUGAGGAAUUAAAAGAUUCAGGUCUAGUUUGUUCUGGAGCAUCUAAUGCAAAACCUCCAGGAUCAUGUACAUAGCAGUUACUAAUUAUUAUGUUAAGAGGCAUCCUUAUCUGUAAAAUUCAGUAUCUUCUGAGUAGCACGAGCCUUUGGAGUUGUGCUGAUUAUAGAUGAAUAUCUCUGGGGAGCUAUCGAUUUUGCAGUUAUGGAAAAGAGUGAAGAGCAACUGAAGUGAGCAACCUCAGACUUCUUGAUUGGAGGAGCAUCACUAAGGCUCAAGUGUACCCUCGGAUUACAACUGUAGCAAAACUUUGGAAUAUGCAAAAUUUCAUAGUUUUCAAUUGCCAUUAUCCUGCAGAUGCUAUGGCAGGGGAUGACUGUGGAGAGGCUGGAUCUGAUAUUGAAUGAGUUGUCCGAAAUCUGAUGAUAUGGAAUAGUAUGCACAACCAAUAAGAGGCAGGAAACGCGGAAUCCCAUUUCACUACAGGCACAUGUUUGCGAGCCUCCUGGCCUAAAUUGCUCUAGCAUCAAGUUUUUGGUCUUAGAAUCAAGGAGAAAAACAUAGAUCUUGAUGAUACAACUUCAUAACUGCAAAACAUUGUAAGUUCAAAUAAAUACAACUCUUAUUCAAGUCUGCAGCUAGAGCUGAUUUUGAAGCUAAGCGCGCGCAGAUGUAAAUUACUUGAUACUUCCAUUCAUGUUUCUUUGUGUUGGAGUUCUUUGAGA